GCAGUCUCUCCAUGUACGGCAAACAAUCGGUGCGAGAUUGCCCUUUUCUCUUCCUUAUCCCGUUUAUAUGAUCGGAGAGGAACUGCGCUUCAGGUUGGAAGCGGUGCGAACAUGGCCGAGCGAGUCCAGCAGCCCCCAGCCAAGAGGCUCUGCUGCCGGCCCGGCUACAACCCGGCGUGCAGGCAGGGGCAGCGGGCUGGAGGUGUCCUGUGUGGCGGCGCGGGGUCCGCUCCGGGAGGGUCGGGAAAUGGGAAAACGCACAACCCCGAGUCGUUGCUCGAUAUCGCGGCUCGCAGAGUCGCGGAGAAGUGGCCGUUCCAGAGGGUGGAGGAGCGGUUCGAAAGGAUCCCGGAGCCCGUCCAGCGGAGGAUCGUAUAUUGGUCUUUCCCGAGAAGCGAGAAGGAGAUCUGUAUGUAUUCCUCUUUCAACGCUGGAGGAGAGGAAAGUGGAACUAGCGGGGACAAUAAUGACGAGACCCAGCUGCCUUUCCUACGGGGUGUCACUCUGUUGGAGGGUGGCUGGGUGGACAACGUAUUGCAAGUCGGCUUCCACCUGAGCGGCACAGUGACGGACCCCGCCACCCCCUCGUCACCAGAGCUCGUUUGCAGCGUCAGCGUGAGCUUUGAUCGUUGCAAGAUCACGGCGGUAACGUGCACUUGUGGAAACAAGGACAUCUUCUAUUGCGCCCAUGUAGUGGCGCUGUCGCUUUACAGAGUACGGAAACCGGAACAGGUCAAGCUGCACCUGCCCAUCUCGGAAACCCUCUUCCAGAUGAGCAGGGACCAGCUGCAGAAGUUCGUCCAGUAUCUGAUAUCAGUCCACCACACUGAGGUUCUGCCUACUGCGCAGAAACUGGCAGACGAGAUUCUGUCACAGAACUCUGAGAUCAAUCAGGUCCACGGGGCCCCGGACCCCACAGCGGGAGCUAGUGUGGAUGAUGAGAACUGCUGGCACCUGGAUGAGGAGCAGGUUCAGGAGCAGGUCAAGCUCUUCCUGUCCCAGGGAGGAUACCACGGCUCGGGCAAGCAGCUCAACCUGCUCUUCAGCAAGGUGAGGGAGAUGCUGAAGAUGCGUGACUCCAACGGAGCGAGGAUGUUAACACUGAUCACAGAACAGUUCAUGGCAGACCCUCGGCUGGCGCUGUGGAGACAGCAGGGCACCACCAUGACCGACAAGUACAGACAGCUCUGGGAUGAGCUGGGUGCCCUGUGGAUGUGCAUCGUACUGAACCCCCACUGUAAACCGGAGCAGAAGUCAUCAUGGCUGCGCCAGCUGCGCAGAUGGAACAGUGUGGACGUUUGCCCCUGGGAGGACGGUAACCACGGCAACGAGCUGCCCAACCUCACCCACUCACUGCCUCAGGGCGCCCAUGGCAACCAAGAGAUGCGCCCCCACAGGACUGUGUUCACACGGGCCAUCGAGGCCUGCGACCUGCACUGGCAGGACCGACACCUCCAGCACAUCAUCGCCAGUGACCUCUACGCCAACUACUGUUACCAUGACAACCAGGAGGGUUCUCUCUUCGACUCACGUGGUUGGCCCUUAUGGCACGAGCAUGUCCCAACAGCCUGCGCCAGGGUGGACGCCCUGCGUUCCCACGGUUACCCGAGAGAAGCCCUCCGUCUGGCCAUCGCCGUGGUCAACACGUUACGGAGGCAGCAGCAGAGGCAACUGGAGCACUUUCGUCGGCACAAGAAAGAGUUGCUCCAUAAAGGCCACACUUCCAUAACCAACAUGGAAGGCUGGGUGGGACAUCCCCUGGAUCCCAUUGGCACCCUGUUCAGCACCCUAACAGAGUCAGGACGAGUGGGCGAGGAGGGCUCUAACACCUGCUUAGACCUCUCAGAUUGCUCCAGCGUCGUAAGCCGAGCGGACCUCCAGCGGAUGCCUGUGCAGCGAUUGCUGGGGGACGGCGAAUCGUACGUGGCGCUGGCCGUGGAGACCGCUCUGAUAGGCCUAGGCCAGCAGCGGGUGAUGCCUGAUGGGCUGUACGCUCAAGAAAAGGUGUGUCGCAAUGAAGAGCAACUCUUGGCCAAGCUGCAGGAAGUGGAACUGGACGACUCCCUGGUCAAAAUCUUCCGUAAACAGGCCGUCUUCUUGCUGGAGGCUGGUCCGUACUCUGGCCUCGGAGAGAUCGUCCACAGAGAAAGUGUCCCCAUGCACACCUUCGCCCGCUAUCUCUUCACCUCUCUCCUACCUCACGACGCUGAACUGGCGUACAAAAUUGCACUGAGAGCCAUGCGGUUGCCGGUGUUGGAGUCGACGGCAUCAUCCGGUGACCUGUCGCGACCUCACCACAUCGUGUCCGUAGUGCCCAACCGCUACCCGCGCUGGUUCACCCUGAGCCACAUAGAGUCCCAGCAGUGUGAGCUGGCCUCUACCAUGCUCACUGCUGCCAAAGGCGACAGUCGCAGGCUGGAGACGGUCCUGGAGUCCAUCCAGAAAAACAUUCACUCCUCGUCUCACAUCUUCAAACUGGCGCAGGACGCGUUUAAGAUUGCCACGCUCAUGGACAGCCUGCCUGAUAUAACACUUCUCAAAGUCUCUCUGGAGUUAGGACUGCAGGUGAUGAGAAUAACUCUGUCCACAUUAAACUGGAGGAGGAGAGAGAUGGUUCGCUGGUUAGUCACAUGUGCCACUGAAGUUGGUGUGUACGCACUGGAUAGCAUCAUGCAGAGCUGGUUCACCCUCUUCACCCCCACGGAAGCCACCAGUAUCGUGGCCACCACUGUCAUGUCCAACAGCACUAUCGUCCGCCUGCACCUGGACUGCCACCAGCAGGAGAACCUGGCUUCAUCUGCUCGCACCCUCGCCCUACAGUGUGCCAUGAAGGACCCCCAGAACUGCGCCCUCUCCGCUCUCACGCUCUGCGAAAAGGACCACAUUGCCUUUGAGACAGCCUACCAGAUUGUACUGGACGCGGCGGCGACAGGAAUGAGCUACACGCAGCUGUUCACUAUUGCGCGCUACAUGGAACACCGCGGUUAUCCAAUGAGAGCGUACAAGCUGGCGACGUUAGCGAUGGCCCACCUGAACCUCAGUUACAACCAGGACACGCACCCGGCCAUCAACGACGUGCUGUGGGCCUGCGCGCUCAGCCACUCGCUGGGGAAGAACGAGCUGGCGGCUGUAAUCCCCCUGGUGGUCAAGAGCGUCAAGUGCGCCACUGUGCUCUCUGACAUUUUGCGGCGGUGCACGCUGACCACGCCGGGCAUGGUGUCGGCGCUGCACAGCCGCAGGAACUCUGGGAAGCUGAUGUCGCUGGACAAGGCGCCGCUCAGGCAGCUGCUGGACGCAACCAUUGGGGCCUACAUCAACACCACGCACUCACGGCUCACGCACAUCAGCCCGCGCCACUAUAGCGAGUUCAUCGAGUUCCUGGGGAAGGCCCGGGAGACUUUCAUGAUGGCUCACGACGGACACAUUCAGUUCACCCAAUUCAUAGACAACCUGAAACAGAUCUACAAGGGCAAAAAGAAACUAAUGAUGCUAGUGAGGGAGAGGUUCGGCUGAGGGUGAGGCCGAAGGGGAGGUCGUGAAAAAGCCCGCCCCUCCCCGCCCUCCUCCCGCUCUAGUACUUUUCUAUUAACUUGAGUCUGCCUUUUGAACUUCUUUUUGGACUGAUUAAAAAUAGACAAGUAAAAAAAAAAAAGAGGGAUGCGACUUGUAGAAUGAAGCAAAAAAGAGAAAGGAAAAGAUGACAAAAAAAUCAACAGAGCCACACGCGGUAUUAUUGUUCUUGCUGUUGUUAUUGUCAUAAACAUUAUUACUAUUAUUAUUAUUAAUAAUAAUAUUAUUACUACUAUGUGUACAGAAGUGUUUUUAUUUUUCAGAAGAGAGGAAAUUUGUCACAUUGUGAAUGUUGUGUGUAUUUCUCUACAUGUGUGCGAGACGAAAACGAAAGCGAAACGGCUUUUUUUUUCUUUCCGUUCCUUUUCGUUCCUCUAAUGAUUUAAAGCAUCUUUUUUCCCCCCUCCCGUUUCAGUGUAUAUUGAGUUACAUGUUGUCAAGUGGCUGAAGCCCUUCUACAAUGGCGCUCAUGUUAAAAAAGAAAAAAAAAAGAGGAAAAAACACAACAACAAAAAAAAGAAAAAGAAAACUUGGUAUCCUCAAAGAGAAACUAAGGCUUUAAAAAAACACACUCAAAACACACAGAGCACCUCCCUCUGUCCACGCCCUCACCGGCGGGCGCUGGCCAGCACUGCACAGCUUAGCUCGGCUCGGCACAGCUUGGGUUAGCACUGAAAGAAAAGCCGCCAUCAGCAUUUUCUCCAGACACAGCAGCAGUAGCAGCAGAAGCAGCAGCACUGGAGCAGCCAUUAGUUUUCUCUGGGUUCCAGGCAUUAGCUUCACUAUACACAACAAUGCUCUCAGCUAACUCGUGUUGUUGAUAUUGUUAUAAUCUCACCCACCUCCAUAAUGAGUACCUGUUCCAGACAGAAGACAGUAAUGCAGGCGCUAUAGACAAAGAUAAUGAGUAUUCUUGUUAUAGCUUCAGCUUCAGCUACUUCAAGCUGAAGCAGAACCCCAGAGGCAGACGACUACCUCAUGAUACGGUAUUGAACUGCUCCCAGAUUUAUUUUUUUUCUUCUUUUUUUACUUGCUAUCGUGAUUGUUAUCGUCUAUGAUAGCUGACAGUGUUAAUUAAACAGGGGGAUUCACCAGUGAGACCGAGGUUAUGAGGAAGCUUCAGAUUCCCGCUAAGUGUUUCUGCCCUUGGCUCUGCUGUACGUCACUGCCCUGGCAUCGGUACUUGCACCUCCCUCUCCAAAAAGCUUCAACACACACACGCGCACACACACAAGAUGUGUCAGUAUAUCAGUCCACUCUCAUCUAUAUACAGCCGCCAUCAUCGUGGUGUUUUCCGACUCGGCCAGUGUCACCUCCCUCUGUGCAUGUGAAUCAUAGAAAUUAGACUUUCUACUGUUAUAGUUGAUUGUGUGGAACCUUCAGUAAUUGUCAGCCAGAACGUUCUCAGGGAUUUCUCUACACAGGAAGAAACAACAACAAAAAAAGGCGGAACAUAUGAACAACUGAACUUCGAGGAGAAAAAGAAAGAAAGGAAAAAAAAGACAAAAACACGACACAACAUGAGCGAGCAUUUAUUGUACUCUGUAUAUAUGCCAUAGUAUAUGUCUGAAUAUGGAGGAUCUGAAAGUAUAUGUUAACUAAUUUAUACAGAGUAUUCUAUGUAAUGUGAAAUACUUGAAGCCGCUGUAGUUUGCUCUCUCUCCCUCUCUUUCUAUCUCUUUCUCCCUUUUUGCCCCCUUUUUUAAAAUUUUCUCUUUUCUUUUUUUGGGGGUGUGGGCUUUCCUCCCUCCCCUCCACUCUUUUGUUAAAAAAAACAACAACAACAAAACAGAACAUAUCAGAAGGACUCGACUGACCUUGUUGACCUUGUUGACAGCUUUUUGGACUCGCAUGUGUUCACGCACGAGACGCUGGAUCCUGUCAGAAAUGUUGUUCCGCUGAGUGACGUGUAGAAUGGGAAGAGAGGUAGACUACUCCACACCAGUGGUGGAUAAAUGUUUAAAAACACGAUACGUGAUUUCAUACUUAGUUAUGCAUGUAAGCUGUUGUAGUAGCCUAGAUUUCCAUGGGAUCCUAUUGGAAAAAUACUAUAAUGUGCUUUAUACAGGAGCUAAUUGGCGAACAGAGCGUGCAUUAUGUGUCCAGCCUUACAGUCAUACAUUUAAAAGGACAUAUUUUGCUGAGAACCUGCCUCAUGUUCCAGUAAUAUAUAAUAACCGCGCAAGUAACUUAUUAGUCAUCAAACUCGACAAUUCUGCACAUGGACAAAUGAGUCUCCUCAGCUCUCUCCUUCAUUCCCUGCAGAUUUUCCAGUGUCUCCACUGCAAAGUUCAAGCUGUCCCAUCAUUACCUGCCUUUUUACCUUCUCUCUCUCUCUCCCUCUUCUUCUUCUUUUUUUUUAAUAUCUCAUUUUCUCUGCGUCUUUUUUCUAUCUUGUGUUGAUUAAAGAUAAAAGCAGCCUUUUCUCUUGCCUUGUCUUAACGCUUUAAAGUAACCAAACAGAAGAUCUAUCUAACAACCAAACGCGUUCUAAGAGGGGAGAGACAACCAAUCUUGGUCCCAGCUUUAGUGUCCUUAAUUAGUAAGUGAAUGGCUGUGUAACUCAUGCUUUAACAAAGCAAUUCCUCACGUGUGUUUGGUGGAAAAGUUGUCCAGUGUCUCUUGUUCUCUUCAGAAACAAUUUCCUCUGAGUCUUUCUAGCUGUUUGUUUUAUUUUAUUUUAAUUUUCUUGGGGUUUUUUUUGUUUUUGUUCGUGUAGGAAUGUUCUGCUCUCCCAUUUUAUUUAUUACAAUGACCCAUGUAUACAUGCUUAUGAAAUUAAGAU